ACCAUCAUCACCAGCAGCUGCAGCAGCGGUAACGGCCCCGCCUCGCGACGUGAACCGCUGGCUGGUUCCCCCUCCGACACAAUCCCACAUCUGGCCGUCUGUCACUGCCGCUCCGUCCACAUGGUCAUAUUCACACCGGCUCCUGACAAGUGGAUUUUAACCAGGGGGGCGCCAUGUCUGAGGUGCGAAAAUUCACAAAGAGGUUAAGCAAACCCGGGACAGCCGCGGAAGUCAGGCAGAGCGUGUCGGAGGCUGUGAGGAGCACCGUGGACCUGGUGGAGCAGCCGAAGAUCAUCGAACCCCUGGACUAUGAGGCUGUGGUGUUUCAGAGGAAGGCUCAGAUCCACAAUGACCCAAACAGAGACCUGCUGCUCUGCCCCGUCGAUGACGUCUCAGAGUCCCAGAUCUCCCGGCAGAGGAGGACUGUUGUUCCCUCUGUACCUCAAAAUGCCGAGCGGGAGGCCAGGAGUCUGUUUGCCAAAGAGUGCAUCAAGUUGUACAACACCGACUGGCAUGUUAUCAACUACAAAUACGAGGCUUUCUCCGGUGACUUCCGCAUGCUGCCGAGCAAAGGCCUGAAGACAGACAAGCUGCCAGCUCAUGUGUUUGAGGUCGAUGAAGAUGCUAAAGACGAGGACACAUCAUCACUGUGCUCCCAGAGGGGAGGCAUCUUGAAACAGGGCUGGCUUCAGAAAGCCAACAUCAACAGCAGCCUGUCUGUCUCCAUGAGGGUGUUCAAAAGGAGGUACUUCUACCUGUCCCAGCUCCCAGAUGGCUCUUACAUCCUCAACUCGUACAAGGAUGAGAAGAACUGCAAAGAAACCAAAGGUUCCAUCUACUUGGACUCCUGUAUAGACGUGAUUCAGAGUCCUAAGAUGCGACGCAAUGGCUUUGAGCUGAAGAUGCAGGACCGCUACAGCCACUUCCUGGCUGCAGACAGUGAAGCAGAGAUGGAGGACUGGGUGGUCACACUCAAACAGGCCCUGCAGAGCAGCACCGAGGCUGGGCAGGACAAGAGGAACGGGGCAGAGUCUCUGGACUGCGCCACAGAUGAUGACACGGCCAGCCAAGGUAAAGGUGAGAGCCUGCAGGAGAACCAGGGGAGGAACUUACAAACUGAUCUCCUUAAGUUUGCGAGGGAGACGGACCAGCUCAAUAAGAUCAACAGGAAUGAAGGCAGACAGAAGCUCUUCUCUCUGGAUCCUGAAACACAGAGGCUGGACUUCUCGGGCAUCGAGCCAGACGUGAAGCCAUUCGAGGAGCGUUUUGGCCGACGCAUCAUGGUCAGCUGCCACGACCUGACUUUCAGUCUGCAGGGCUGCGUCAAUGAGAAGACCGACGGUGUCCUCACCAACGUGGAGCCAUUCUUCAUCAGCUUCGCUCUCUUUGACGUCUCAAAGAGCUGCAAGAUCUCGGCCGACUUCCACGUCGAUCUCAACCCGCCGUGCGUCAGGGAGAUGUUGACAGAUACUUCUGGCCAACUCUCACCUUCAUCUGACUCAGAGGGUGGAGGAGUGAAGGAGGGAGGAGGAGGUGCGGGGGUCGUGGUGAAUGGAGACUCUGGGAAAGGAAAUGGCCUACCUGUUCUGCAGAGGGUGUCGGAGGCUCUGCUGCGCUUCCCCACUCAGGGUAUUUUCUCAGUCACCAACCCCCAUGCAGACAUCUUCCUGGUGGGUCGUGUGGAGAAGGUGCUGCAGAACGGCAUCACUCACUGCGCCGAGCCGUACAUCAAGACGUCUGACGUCAGCAAGACGGCUCAGAAAGUGCUCAAAGCUGCCAAACAGACAUGCCAGCGCUUGGGCCAGUACAGGAUGCCGUUUGCAUGGGCUGCCAAGCAGGUGUUCAAAGACGCUCAGGGCAGCCUGGACAUGGACGGGAAGUUUUCUCCUCUCUAUCGUCAGGACAGCAGCAAAAUCUCAACGGACGACCUCAUCAAGCUGCUGGCCGACAUCAGGAAACCCGAGAAGAGCAAACUUCAGACCAUCCCUGGACAGCUGAAUGUCACCAUUGAAUGUGUCCCCCCCAAUUUCUCAAAUACGGUGACGUCCUCUUACGUUCCCGUCAAGCCCUUCGAGGACGAAUGUGAGCGGGUGUCGGUGGAGAUCGAGGAGUUUCUUCCAGAGGAAGCAAAGUACAACUACCCCUUUACUACCUACAAGAACCAGCUCUACAUCUACCCCUUACAGCUCAAAUAUGACAACCAGAAGACCUUCACUAAGGCUAGAAACAUUGCGGUCUGCAUGCAGUUCAGGGAUUCAGAUGAGGAUGGUGCAGCUCCUUUAAAGUGCAUCUACGGCAAACCAGGAGACUCGCUGUUCACCAGCAGCGCCUACGCUGCCGUCCUGCACCACAACCAGAGUCCGGAGUUCUACGACGAGGUUAAGAUCGAGCUGCCAGUGCAUGUGCAUGAGAAACACCACAUCCUCUUCACCUUUUACCACAUCAGCUGUGAGUCCAGCAGCAAGGCCAGCAGCAAGAAGAGAGAUGGGGUGGAGUCGCUGGUGGGCUACUCGUGGAUGUCUUUGCUAAAAGAUGGAAGGAUGCAGUCAUCAGAGCUCCAGUUACCUGUAGCUGCCACCCUGCCUGCAGGAUAUCUUUGUCAGGACAGCAAAAAGUCCCAACCAGAUGUUAAGUGGGUAGAAAAUGCCAAGUUGCUGUUCAAAGUGAGGGCACAUGUAGCAUCAACGAUAUAUCCUCAGGACCUCCAUCUUCACAAAUUCUUCCAGCACUGCCAGCUGAUGAAGACAACAUCAGAGGCCAACCCAGCUGAACUCAUCAAAUACCUGAAGUGCCUGCAUGCCGUGGAGACUCAUGUCAUCAUCACCUUCCUACCAACGGUGCUAAUCCAGCUGUUUGAGGUGCUCACAGCCGCCACCAAAGAAGCCCAGGAGGUCGCUGUCAACUCUCUGCGGGUGAUCAUACAUAUAGUCUCCAGAUGUCAUGAGGAAGGACUGGAGCAGUACCUUCGCUCUUUUGUUAAAUACGUAUUUGUGAGCGGCGCUUCUCCAUCAGGAAACUCGGCAGCCACUCAUGAAGUUCUGGCCAUCGCAGUGACCGCUGUCCUCAAGCAAACCGCAGAUUUCAACACCAGCAACAAACUGCUCAAGUACUCCUGGUUCUUCUUGGAAACUAUGGCAAAAUCCAUGGCCCAAUAUCUGCAAGAGGGAAACCGCAUGAAGAUGCCGCGGGCCCAGCGCUUCCCUGACAGCUUUCACCAGGCGCUGCAGUCCCUGGUAUUGUCCAUCAUGCCACACAUCACCAUCCGCCACAUGGAGAUUCCAGAAGAGGCCCGAUGCAUCAACCUGAGCCUGGCGAACUUCAUCAAGAGGUGCCUAACCUUCAUGAACAGGGGCUUCGCGUUCGGCCUGGUCAACCACUACAUGUGUCACUUCAGCCUCAAAGAUCCAAAGGGGCUGACUGAGAUGAAGUUUGAGUUCUUGAUGACGGUGUGCAACCACGAACACUUCAUCCCUCUCAACCUGCCCAUGGCCUUCGGCCGCACCAAGCUGCAGAGGGUACAAGAUUUUAUUCCAUAUGCGACGGAGCUUUUUGGCCCUGUAGAGCAGAGUCUGGAGUUCAGCCUGACGGAGGAGUACUGCCGAAACCACUUCCUGGUGGGCCUGCUGCUCAGAGAGGUGGCUGAAGGGCUCCAGCAAGGACCUGAAGUCCGACAGCUGGCCGUGGGAGUCCUCAAGAACCUCCUGAUCAAACACGCCAUGGACGACCGCUACACGGCGUUCAAGAACCAGCAGGCCAGGAUCUGUCUGCUGUACCUGCCCCUGUACGAGCUGCUCUACCAGAACCUGAAGCAGCUGUCUGCUCAGCCGCAGACCUCCAGCCCCGGACUCGGCCUCAACGGUCCCAGAGAUGACCUGAUAUCAACCAGCUCCGUCGACAGCAGGAGAAUCAGCACUGCCAUCGACAAAGACCACAGCUUUCCAGCUCAGAACGGCCACGUUGUGAGGAGAGAGGACUCCAGAGGAUCUCUGUUUAUGGACCCGGGAACACCAGACAGCAUCGAGCUGCAGCGUCGCAGCUCCACCAUGAGCAGCAGUCCCAUGCCUCCCAUCGGCAGACUGGGCCAGUACGAGAUCAAGGGCCUGCUCUUCUCCUUCCUGCACAUCGUCAAGACCUUGUCAGAGGACACUCUGAUGGCCUACUGGAAUAAAAUCAGCCCUCAGGACAUCAUGAACUUCCUCAGCUUGCUAGAGAUCUGUCUAGUUCAGUUCCGUUACGUUGGCAAGAGGAACAUUGGCCGGAGCCAGGAGGUGUGUGUGGCUAAGCUCUUCUCGUCGGACAGGAAGUCUCAGACGAUGCCAGCCAUGCGGUGUAACCGUUCCAGCCUCAUGCAGACUAAGAUACACCAGUUCAGCACCAUGGAGGCCUCCCUCACCCUCAACAUGGGGAUCGGACCAUCAGAGGCAGAAAUCCACCAUCAGGCUCUGCUGGAGGGCAACAUCUCCACUGAGGUGUGCCUGAGUGUCCUUGAUGUCCUGUCUCUUUUCACUCAGUGUUUUAAGACCCAGCUGCUGGACGGCGAAGGUCACAACCCCCUCAUGAAGAAGGUGUUUGACGUCUACCUGACUUUCCUUAAAGUCGGCCAAUCAGAAGCUGCUAUCAGACACGUCUUUGCCGCCCUCCGGGCUUUCAUUAACAAGUUCCCAUCGGUGCUGUUUAAGGGCCGCGUGACGCUGUGUGAGGCUCUGUGCUGCGAGGUGCUGAAAUGCUGCGUCUCCAAGCUGGCGUCCCUGAGGGCCGAUGCAUCUGCACUGUUGUACAUGCUGAUGAGGAACAACUACGAGUACACCAAGAGGAAGACCUUCCUACGGACGCACCUGCAGAUCAUCAUCGCAGUGAGCCAGCUGAUCUCUGACGUGGCGUUGACCGGGAGUUCACGCUUCCAGGAAUCUCUCUCCAUCAUCAACAACUUUGCAAACAGUGACAAGGCGAUGAAGUCCACAGCCUUCCCAUCAGAAGUUAAGGGUCUAACCAAGCGCAUACGUACGGUGCUGAUGGCCACCGCUCAGAUGAAGGAACAUGAGAAAGACCCCGAGAUGCUGCUGGACCUCCAGUACAGCCUUGCCCGGUCCUAUGCCAGCACCCCCGAGCUCAGGCGGACGUGGCUGGACAGCAUGGCCAGAGCGCACCUAAAGAACGGAGAUCUCUCUGAGGCCGCAAUGUGCUAUGUUCAUGUGGCUGCACUGGUUGCAGAAUACCUGUACAGGAAAAAGUUGUUUCCAAGUGGCCUUGCAGCUUUUAAAAAGAUCUCCUUUAACAUUGAAGAAGAAGCCGCCAUGAAAGAAGACACUGGAAUGCAGGACGUUUAUUACACUGAGGAAGUCCUGGUCGAACACCUGGAGGUCUGCGUGGACGCUUUGUGGAAAGCUGAACGCUAUGAGCUCAUCACGCACAUCGCCAAACUCAUCAUUCCCGUCUAUGAGAAGCAGCAUGAGUACAAGAAACUCAGCCGAACGUACGACACUUUGCACAGAGCCUACAACAAGAUCAUGGAGGUGAUCCAGUCGGGCCGAAGGCUGCUUGGAACGUACUUCAGAGUGGCUUUUUAUGGUCAGUUAUUCUUUGAUGAAGAGGAUGGGAAGGAGUACGUCUACAAAGAGCCCAAACUCACCGGUCUGUCUGAAAUCUCCCAGCGGCUGCUAACGCUCUAUGGGGAAAAGUUUGGCCCCGAGAACGUCAAGAUAAUCCAGGACUCAAACAAGGUGAACCCCAAAGAGCUGGACUCCAAGUUCGCCUACAUCCAGGUGACCUUUGUCAAGCCGUACUUCGAGGAGAAGGAGGCACCAGAGAAGAAGACAGACUUUGAGAAGUGCCACAACAUCAACCGCUUCGUGUUCGAGACGCCAUACACACUGUCGGGGAAAAAACAUGGCGGAGUGGAGGAGCAGUGCAAGAGGAGGACGGUCCUCACAACUCUUAACACUUUCCCAUACGUGAAGAAGCGUGUGGAGGUGGUGGGGGAGAAGCAGGUGGAACUGAAGCCCGUGGAUGUGGCGAUAGAUGAGAUGAAGGCUCGAACGGCAGAGCUGACCAAACUCUGCUCCAGCCAGGAAGUGGACAUGAUCCAGCUGCAGCUCAAACUGCAGGGCUGUGUCUCUGUGCAGGUGAACGCAGGUCCCAUGGCAUAUGCCAGGGCAUUCCUGGAUGAAAGUAAAUCCAACCAGUCUGGAAAUAAGAAAGUAAAAGAACUUAAGGACAUCUUCAGGCGCUUUGUCGAGGCAUGCAGCAUGGCUUUGGACAUAAACGAGCGUAUUAUCAAAGAGGACCAGUUUGAAUAUCAUGAAGGGCUGAAGUCCAACUUUAAAGAAAUGGUAAAGGAGCUGUCAGAUAUCAUCCAUGAGCAGAUCUACCAGGAGGGCAUGAUGCGUUCCCUCCUACAGAACUCCCUCCAUGUGUUUCGUGCCAUCAGCGGGACAUCCACUGACCUGGGCUGACUUCUUUUGCACCCCUCGCCUCCCCCCUCUCAGCCACACAGUUAUGCAUCUCUAUCCGCUUUUCCCAUAAGGAUCUGAACUGAGUGAUAACAGGGCAGCCGCCUGUCUAGGCUUGCUAAAAACACCCCCUUCCUUCCUGGUGAAGAUGCAGUUUGGCUAUCUUCAGGAUCUCUGCUGGAUAAAGAGUGAAAAUAGAAGAAGUAUCUCUGAGAAUGUAGUACAGCAACUCUGAACGUGUGCAUAUGGGGUUAAAGUGUCAGACUGAAUCAUGUUGGGUUUUCAAGCACUUUUUUUUCUGAUGCCCCCUCCCUGCAACGUUCACCUAAGAUCUAUGCAGGACACCAACUUCCCUCCAGAAUCAACUUUUUUAUUUUAGUCUAAAAGCUCCAGUGGACUUCUCAAAGACGAAAGCAUCUUUCUGUUUUGUUUGUCUUGGAUCAUUUGUGCUAGGUUCACAUGAAAAGGUGAACCAGCUCGACUGGAUUGUCUGUAAAUCAGCAGCUUAAUGGUGAGCAUGAGGACCAAACGGCUGCUGAAAGUCAAAGUUGUGCAACAAUGCUGUGAAAGAAUUUUAAGUACAUUAUAACAUUAAAAAAAAAUCUCAUGAUAAUAAUGUCCUAAAUUAUAUAAGACCAAAUGAAUAUAGUUGGAUAAAAGAUAAUCUGAUCAUGAAUUGUAUCAGUACUGUCAAACAUUCGGAUCACAGCCAUGUGAUAAUUUUACUUCAGUCCAGUAAGCGAGUCCAGCUCCUCUAAUCUGAUUUAGAUCCAGUGCCUUUGUGCUCUGCCUUCUCAAAAGCCUUUUUCUGUUUCAAGUGUUAAACAAACCUGCACUAGCCGGUUACUCAAAGUAUUUCACAAGUGCUACACUGAAACGAGCAGAUAGAUGAAUAAUAUUUAAGCAGAUGUACAUAAUUUCUUGACAUGCUGUAAACUGAAUUCUGUAUUCAUCUGUUUGUAUGUACAGUACUGUAUGUAUGUAUGUAUAUUUCUGUCCAAAAUCUGUCUUAGCUGAUUUUUUUCUUAGUUUUUACUGCAUUGAUCAUUGAGAUGCAGCUGCUGGUUAAACUUACUUUGUAAAGCUUUUUAUCAAUAAAACAUGAAAAUAUUUACAUGUAAAAAAGUGAAUAUGACAAGUGUUCCUCCAUGGGGUUCAUUUAUUGGUUCAUAGGCUUAAUUUGAAGUCUUCUUGUUUAACUUUAAACUCAACACUCAACAUGGAGUCCUGAAUCCCAUCUGCGUUUCCAUAACUGGGCUGCCUGCAGACGAGGAUUACAGAUAACCAAAACUACAAAAAAAAAAAAAGACUAAAACUAAGUUUAUGGUUGGAAUCGUGUCAAUGAUAACGAUUCUGUUUGACACAUAAAUUAUUACUGUUUAAUCUGUAUUUUUUGUUUGGGUUGAAGCUGAUUGAUCGUUGUGAACGCUGCAACAUCUGUUCAAUAAUCUGCUGCGUUCCAUUAUUUUCAGUUUGUUCAUAGCUCCAAUUCCAAAAGAGUUGGGACACUGCAAGAUGUCAAUAAAAACACAAAUCUCA